AUGGAAGACAUGGACGAUGUGGUUGCACCUGCAUCCACAGAACGACCGACACGGUGGGGGCCUCUUCACCCUGCAGUGGGCGCAGCGGCCAUUACUCCGCCGACGACUGGUGCGCGUGCAACCCCGACUCCGGCAGCGCGACGACCGCUGACUCCUGCCGCAUCCGGCACUCGUGCCACGCGAUGGGGGCCACGUCACGGCGCGAUCGGGGCUGCGGCGGUUGCCCACCGUGUCACUGGUGAGCCGACUGUUCCCGCGCCCGCUGUUAGGCCCCCACUGCCAGCAUCUCCACGACAUGCGAUGACGCGUUGGGGCCCGCGUGUUGUGGUGACGGUGCUUACAACAGGGCGCCUCACCUGCUUACGCAGAACAUCAUCCAUCGCUGACCGUGCACCUGCUGCAGCGGCUGCUCCAGUCCCCACCGACCCACCGCCCUCGCCAGCCCCAAGCCCUGCCAGUCCGUGUCCGUCCAUUGAUGUGGCUGCAGGUGCAGCGGAGUCCGAGCCAUGGCUUCGGCGGUUCGACGGUACGUGCCGGCAGAACCCUGGACCCGGGGGGCGCUGGUGCGGCUCUCUUCGACUCGAGCGGCACCGUGGUGUGGACUUGAUCGCACUUACUCCCGCCAGCACUGGGACGAACAACACUGCUGAAUACACCACUCUGCUAUUGGGGGUGCAGAGUGCCGUCCACCAUGGUGCCACGCGACUGCUCGUCAAAGGCGACAGCAACCUAGAGUUGGCUCAGGUGCGCGGCUCUUUUGGCUGCACCAACCGACGACUCCGGCGACUGAGAGGUCAAGUGCGGACGACGCUGGGGUGUCUUGAAUGGAAUCAGCUUCGGCAUAUCGACAGGCAAGCCAACGCCCAUGCCGACCGCCUCGCUAACCGUGCGCUUGACGUCCGACGCACCGCCGUGGAGUGUGGUCCUCACUCCGGCGACAUAAGUAGCUGCUUUACGCCUGCUCCCGUCCCUUCAGUUGCCCCGGCACCGAUUCUGCCAGCAGCUACCGCCGGUGACUCUGCUGUCGCUGUCGUGCUGGCUGAUCCGGCCAGUCUUGCCAUCGAGGCCGAGAUUGCUGCUCGUGAUGGAGAGCACGACUCAGCUGCUAGUGUCGUGCAACGGUUUGCGGAAGUCUUGGUGAGCAAGACUUUGGAUGCGGAUAGCUGGGUCACAAGUGAAGGCUACAUUUCUGCCAUCCCUGACCGCCUCCGUGAAGUACUUCUGCCGUACUCAAUCGCACCGGUUGGAAGUACAGACCCACAGUUGCCUCCGACUCGCCCGCCCCGCCGUCGACCUCCCCGCGUGACCCGCACGCAGCGUGAGCACCGAUUUGAUGAGGCGCUUGACGACAUGCAAGCGACCCAGCAGGCGACGACAAGUAACCGGCAAGCGGUCCGAAAGGCGCGGCGCCGGGUUGGACGGGUCCGUGCUUCGAUAGCGCAGCUUGACUUGCGUCGGGAUUUCGCCAAGGACGAAGCCAAGUGUGUGGCCAUGAUUUUGGACGGUGCCUCGGCGAAGACCGCGGGUGUCGAGCACCCAAACACCUGCCCCAUUGACAGGGAGGAGCUCUACCGCCACUUUGUGGGCACCAGCACGGCCCCAGCUCCCUUCAACUAUGAUGCUGCUGAAGGACACGAGUUCCGGGCCGUGCUCAACGGCUUUUCGAUGGAUACACUGGGUGGUGAUUGUUUCGAUGGAGAUAUUUCGAUGGAUGAAGUGGAGGACCAGCUACUGCGGGCAGCCAAGGCAUCCAGCCCCGGUCAUGAUGGGGUUGGAUAUGAUGUUUUUCGCCGGUUUGCUCCGCAGUUGGUACCCCUUCUGCACGCCGCAUACCAGUUCUGUUGGCUGCAUCGGAUGGUGACCGUGCCGUGGAAGGUGGGCGUCGUUCGCCUGAUCCACAAGAAGGGUGACCCGAUGCAGCCGACCAACUGGCGACCGAUGUGCCUACAGCCCGCUAUCUACAAACUCUACAGCGGGUUGUUAGCACGUCGUCUAUCGCGCUGGUUAGAAUUGAACAACCGGCUGCCGAUGGCACAGAAGGGGUUCCGGGCUUUCAACGGUUGCCAUGAACACAAUUUUCUGGCAACCACGAUGUUGGAUCAGUCCCGGCGGUCGCACCGCAAGUUGUACCAAGUGUGGUAUGACUUACGGAACGCCUUCGGUUCGCUGCCACAGCCACUCAUGUGGCAGGUGCUCCGCCGCAUUGGCGUUGAGCCCCGGUUCAUUAACCACUGCCAGGACAUCUAUCAUGAGUCGUCCUUUGUGGUAGUGAAUUCGCAGGACGGUGCGACUGACCCACUGGAGGAUGUCGGUGUGCCGCUGGCGGAUGGUGUCCGGCCGUGCACCACCGCCUAUGCUGAUGACAUCAAAGUUUUCAGCAAUAGCGCUGCCGGCAUCCAGAGUUUCCAUGUUGUGGUCAAGCGCUUCCUCGCAUGGACCGGCCUUGCGGUGACCAUCAAUGCCCGUGGCAACCCGGCUCGUGACGAUAGCGUGCGCUUGGAGCUAAAUGGUGAUGUCAUCGUCCCACUUACCCUUAACGAGAGUUACCGGUACUUGGGGGUGGGCGAUGGCUUCGACCAUGUGCAGCACCGCCUCCAGCUUGAACCCAAGCUAAAACAGAUCAAGCGGGAGACGGUCGCGCUGAUGCAGUCUGGACUCGCGUACGCCCUUCGCCACCUGCGCCCGCUACAGUCGCAGCUCCAAGGAUUUGACUGCGCCGUGAAGCGUGGGUGGAGGCAUCUGUUGCGCCUGCCCCAGUCCGCCACCACCGAGUUCUUCUACACGCCAACUUCUGGUGGUGGGCUGGGCCUGCAGUCGCUGUUGUUGCACUCCAAGGACUCGGCGAUUGUUGCAGUUGCGAAGACCCAGGUGUGUCAGGUAGUGCGCAAGCGCUACCGACUGAUUGAAGACCACUGGGUGGGUAGAAACGACGAGCUCAUCCGUCUAUUCCUGAACUUGGAGCUUGCGUCGUCUCCCCAUGCUACUGUCAUUCGCCGGUCCGGCGACAUUGCUUCGCUUUGGGUGGACGUACAGCGGGUGAUGUGCUUCCACCAUCUCUGCUUGGCGGACCGCGCAGAGGACGACGUCCAGGGCCAAUUCGCGCUCCGCGUGCCGCACCAUGACAAGUGGCUCGACCACAAGGAUGUGUUGCGGCACACGGCCCGGGUGCACGGUGGCUCCGGGUCCAAGUUUGUGCUGUCGGGGGCGGGUCUAUCUGAUGCCGAACAUUGGCUCGGUAUUCAAGCCCGCCUCAACCAGGUCGAUACAAACUCGGUGCUGAAGCGCCGCCGUCUUCGGGCGAACGCUCACUUCCGAGCACCGACUUGCUCGAGUGCCGAGACGCUGGCGCACGUUUUGAACCAUUGUACCCCUAACAUGGUUUCAAUCCGCCAGCGUCAUGACUACGCACUCGAGCAGAAAGUUGCCAAGAUAAGGCACGCGCUCGUCCGGAGGAAGUCAGGCGCAGAGCUGCGCAUCAACCAGACGGUACCCGAGUACACUGGUGCAGCUCUGCAUCCCUACAUUGUGGUGCGUGACGUGGCUGCCAAGAUAAUGGUGAUUGCUGACUUGGCAGUCACGUUUGAAGACCAUGCUGCUAGUGCUCGACACUCCUCGCUGCAACUCAGCCAUGACUUCAAGGUCAACAAGUACCAACCCAUCGUUGCUGAGUUGCGGCUUAAUAGAUGGCGGGUACAGACUACGGCUCUUGUCUAUGGUUCACUGGGUUCGGUGCAUCCCAGCAACCUCAAGACCUACACAGAAACGCUUGGGUUGCUCAAGAUUGAGGCUCGACAGCUGGAUCUUCAGCUGUUGAGCCAUUGUGUUAGGUCCAGUCAUCGGAUCUGGAGCUGGCACUGUCGCCAGCACGGUUAUCGACAACGCGGUGGUACUGCCUCGAGAGCAUUGCAUCGGUCUGGGGGGACCCGGCAGAGCACAUCUCAGGUUAGGGCACGGAGAUAA